UAAAUCAUGCGUGUCGGAAAGGCCGGUCUCCGCUCUGUCGUCGCGCGUUGCGCAUCGGGAAGGAACGCGGCGCAAAGUCCGGUCGCAGUAAACUCGCCGUCCACGGCAUGGGAUGUUCUCAAGAGGACGUUUUUUUUCUCCCCGUUUUACCCGGUGGAGACUCGCGCGAUGCCGGAGCGAGUCCUCAAGCCUCGGACGGCACUCGCCCGCGGAGGGAAAUUUCGGUUCAGUAUGGCUGACGUCGCGACAUCGACGUGUAGGGGUGGCUCUCCCGAGGCAUCGGUGCGAUUCCCCUCGUGGAAAAUGACAUCUCCCGGUUUUAGUCCGCCCGUUCUCGUGAAAAUCGUGAGGCCACACGGCCGUGAAGCGGCGCGAGAUGUGGCCUGCCCGCGAGCCCACGCAUGGCCGUUUCGGCGAAAUGGUAUCGGAAAAUGCCGGCCUCUCGAGAGCCCGUUUCGGCAUCCGGUUUCUCUCCCCGGCACCUUUCCACUCGCGCGCAGCACUGAUUUCGCUUACUGCGUAGCGGGAAAAGCCGGCAGAACGAGCUCCGCUCGAUGGAAUUUGUCGUCGUUCCACCAUCAACAAGUUUUAGCCUCAUUAGGGAACUGGGCCAUCUCUGGAAGUAGAUUUUAAAUGUCAUUGAUCGUCCGCGACCUUCGAUGGAAUUUCGCGUACGGUUAUCAUCACGUCAUCGCUCCUCGCCGGUUAUAAGUGUGAUGUCGACUGUCCCCCGGCUUAAAACGAGUGAUUCCCCGCCGUACGAAUCGAUUCGCGGGCAAUGUGUUGUGUGCGUGAUUCGUGUGCGCGCCCUUGUCGAAAUACGGCGUAGAUAUGUUUUAUGGUGCUCAAGCGCUCGUCGUUUCGUUGGAUUUACCUCAUGGAGCUCUUCCCGCUGCCCUCGACAUGAGACAAGAUCGCGCGUUCUUAUACAAUGGAAGCCGAGGAUGACGAAGAGGUCAAUGACAGUAAUGAAAGCUCCAACGAAUCCAGAACCAAUGUUUGGGACGGUGUCGGGGGUGGCGGCGGGGGUGACGAAGGCGGAGGAGACGAACAGCUCUUUCAAAUCAACCGGCUACAGCAACACGCCAGCUCGGAUAAGAGCUUCGACCGACAAAUGGUUGGGCGCAUAUUGAUGGAGUUGUUUCGCGCUGCAGUCAAUAACAAAAUAACGCUAGUCGUCGAGGAAGUCAUGCAACAUGUGCAGCUCAUUGUCAACGAUAGUGAUGCUUUGGUGCGAUCGGAUCUGGUGGAACAAAUCCCGAAUGUGGCGAUCAUCUGCAACGAGGCGCCGCAUCUCUUCGGCAACGUUCUCCGCGAUUACCUGCUCGAUAUCGUGAUGAAAUACCUAAGCGAUAUGGACAACCAGGUACGGCAAAUGGCCCAAAGCGCGCUGACAACGUUGAUGAAACGAGAGCUCCUUGACAACAACGCGAUCGAGAACGUUAUUUGCCCUACAAUAGAAAGAAUCCUAUCCUACAUGGUGCUCGACGAACACGUCCGAAACGCGAACAUCUCCCUCAUGUGUAGACUGGCACCGCUGAUUGGUAGCGAACUUACAGAAAAGGUCUUCCUGAAACGAUACCUGGAUCUGUGUGAAGAUAACGAUAUGAUGGUGAGGAGAAUAUGUGCUACUCAUUUUGCGGAAAUGUGCACUGCUGUCGGAAAGGAGAAAUUAUAUAAUAAAUUGAUCCCUACGUUUGUCGAUUUAUGUGGCGACAGAGUGUGGAACGUUCGAAAAGCAUGCGUCGAAGUCAUGAUGCCGGUCUCUUGUUGUUCGACACCCGAGCAUCGCCGAUUAUUACUCGCAGACAUACUGGCUAAGCAUUUGAACGAUGAUUCCAAGUGGGUGCGAAUAUCAGCAUUUCAAAUACUCGGACCGUUCAUAUCGACCUUCGCCAAGCAGUUUGCCGAAAUCACUUAUAAUAAAAAUGGCGAAUUAGUGUAUACCAGUAACCAGGAUAAUCAUCUCAGCAUAUGUUACUCGUAUGAAGGAAUCUUUCCCACGAAGGGCACGAUCAAAAAUCAAAUACGUGAUUUUGAUGAAGAAACGUUUUCUAGGCCUCUUCGUAUGACUACAACAAACUCACGUUUCAGGAGAACUUCACAUUUCACAAUGGAAGACUCCUUGGAAGUAGAAGAGAACCAAAAAGAUGAUAACAUGUAUAUGCUAUAUCAAAUUGUUCUCCAGAAAAAAAACCGUGAUGCAGAGAAAUACAAUCCAUUUUUAUAUUAUUAUAUACCUCCGGACAUACCACUGGAUGAUGAACUUACUCAUGCCGCAAGACAAUCGGCAAUGAGUCGUGAUAAUGUUCGGGAGGCGAUAACAGCGACGACAACGGAACAAAAUUCCGUGGUCGAGGAAAAUAGUUCGUUCCGAAUAUUAUUACGCUCUUCCGAAAUUCCCAUUUCCAUCAUGAAUUCUAAUGAGGAUGAUUCAAAUGUAAAUGGGCAAUCAAACAUUGAUAAAUUUGAUGAACAAAAGGAAGAGGAUAGUGACGAUGAGGAGGACUGUUAUCCGAGAGCAGAUUCGUUGGACGACACCCAAGAUUGUAGCCUAGAUUGUACCCUAGAGAAAAAAUUUUAUAUAUAUGAUAUAGACUCCAUAAAUAAGAGUCAUGAAUCUUGUAAAGACUUAGAUAUGAAGAAUAAUGAACAAGAGAUCGUACCUCAGGAAUUAAUCAAUUAUUACGUAUUGAUGGCCGACCCAGAGCAAUGCGUGGUCAUGGGUGCCGACAUGCCGCAUCAUUGUGCCUUCAGUUUUCCCGCAGUCGCGCUCACACUAGGCAAAGAGAACUGGCACUGCUUAAAGAAGGCUUACCAGUCAUUGUCGAACGCGAAACAUUGGAAAGUCAGAUGUACUCUAGCGUCCAGCAUUCACGAAAUUGCCAUGAUUUUAGGCGAAGAACUCACUGCCACUGAUCUCGUGCCGAUUUAUGACGGUUUUAUCAAAGAUCUGGAUGAGGUCAGAAUAGGUGUGCUAAAGCACCUUGCGACCUUUCUGAAAAUACUCAAACCCACCGACCGCUGUCAAUAUCUGCCGAGGUUAAGUGACUUUCUCGCUACGGAUAACGAAUGGAAUUGGAGGUUCAGGAAGGAACUGGCCACGCAAUUGCUCGAGAUUGUGAACCUAUUCAAUCCGAAUGACGUUGCUCAAAGUAUCGCACCGCUGUCUUUUCAACUGCUUGUAGAUAAGGUUGCUGCCGUUAGAACAAUUGCGCUUGAACUGAUCACACGAAUAAUGCGCUACUUAUCUACCGAGGAUGCUCUGGUGACAUCCCUUAUUCACGAGCUUCGAGAGACUUUAGUUUUAGAUGCUAAAAAGUGGAUACACCGGCAAACUUAUGCGCUCAUAUGUUCUCAUCUAAUCCGUAACGAUGCGAUCUCGGGAGAUAAAUUUUCUAAGGAAAUGUUACCAUGUUUGAUAAAUUUGUCGGUCGACAGAGUACCUAAUGUAAGAUUAGCCGUGGCGAGAACGAUAGCUACGGAUGUGAUUGCAAUGGGUUUGGACAAUUUAGGCAUGGAAGCGAUGGAAGAAGUGCAAAGAAUACUCUCGAAAAUGCGUGUUGAUGUGGACCGAGAUGUACGAGUGCUAGCCGGUGGUGAAGAGCAGCAAAUUGAUAUACUGGCUUAUUGUUCCUCCGAUGAGAACAACCAAGUCGAACAAGCAAGAAAUAUACUAUUUUAAUAGUGAUAUAUUCUGAUCUCAGAUCACGACAAAGUCACUGCGGUUUUAUAUAUAAAAGAAAAACGAACUUUAUAUAUAUAUGUAUGUAUGCAUGUAUGUAUAACAUACAUGUAUAAAUAUAUAUAUAUUUCUACACACACACACACACACAAUAUCUCACAAGAUGCGCCUUGGUUCUUCCACGAGUGACUAGUUCUUAUAAAUGAUAAGCCAAAAGUGUGCAACUAGCUGUGAACACCAAGUUUUGAGCACAAACUGACGUACAUGUAUCAGAUAUCUAUCGGAUUUUUGCAACUGCAGAUCGACGAUUAAAACAAGCUCAAAGUUGUCAAACAUAGCGUUCACGAUUUAAACAGUCAAGCGGUAGGUAAGAUUACAAUUUACAAUGUUGACUGAUUUGCGUCCUUUUAAUCUAGAACAGAAUUGUAUCAAUGCGAACGGUAUGCGACCGUUGAUACUGAUUACGUAAUAAUGCGUGAAUGUAGGAACAUUUAUAUGUGUACGCGUGAAUACGUGCGCAUAAAGAAUAGAUGCGUUUUUUGUCAUUGUGAUUAAUUCGUACAUGUGACGCUAUUCUCCUGAACAAGCCAAAUAUUAAAAGAUUAAAGGCGUUACAUUGACAUGGUCUUUCUCAUCGCUUAAUUCAUUUCACGAAUGUUCGAUUACACAACCUUUCGGCACUAUAUCGUGUACUGUUAUUUUUUAGCAUUUUUUAUUGAACACUUAGUCAAGAAUGGGAUAGACGCAGCAUAACAUCAAAAUAUAAAUUAGAUACUGAUGAGGCUCAUUUUGUUUAGAUCGACAGCAAUUAUGAAUGUGCCAUUCAUGAGAAUAUUUUACAGAUUGUUUGUCAAUAUAGAUGUAUCAUGUCAAUUGAUACAUCUAAAAUUAUGUUUGAUGAAGGAAAAAUGGAUACUAAUUAUAUUUGCACGCUACACAAAUCGUAAUCUUUAUCAACAAUUGCGUUUUUUAAAUCAAAUGUCCAUUUUACCUCGCAUUUAAGGUGGUUCAUGCACGAUGUAUUGCAGAUUUAGCUUCUCUUACAGAAAUUAUUAUUUAAGUGUCAAUACACAUUCCCGUGAAAUAUAAGAUAAGCUUGUCGUACAUACACGCUAGCACUAGCGAAUCCUGACGUCGAUAAUAGGGGAGGGGUUAAUAAAAUUUUUCGCUGAACAUCGAACACCAGAUAGUUUGAAUACAGUGAAUCCUAUGCAUAAGAAUUUGACCCAUAAGCGCCCACCUGCAUUAUUUUACUUACAUUUUUUAACGGAUCCAGUAAAACUGAUUUUUUUUAAUUUGGAAGGAGUCUUAACCCCCCCUCCUCCCCCCGCCUAGAAAGAAAGUUUAUGCUAGAAAGUCUUUCAAAGUUUCGAAAUUUUAGUACAGUUCAGAUGAGAGUUGUUCAAUUUUUCACCAGAAGUAUAAACCUUUUUUUCUGUAAUUACUGAGUAUUUAAACCAAAAACUAGAUUAUAAAAAUUACAAACUCUCUAAUGACCACAAAUAAUAUGUGUGAUACUGACAAUUUAUUAUUAAUAUUUAAUCUUAAAAAUCAUAAAGUACGUGAAAUCGCAGAUCUUGUGAUCCAUGUUGUUCAUUUACAGAAUUCAAAUCUUAUUAGUAUGUAAAAAAUCAUUUAAUUUUAAAGAAGCUUAUUAAAAACUUAUUUAAUUUACCUUAAAAAUAAUUCUUUUUUUUUAUUAUUUAUCCAUAUACCUUAUAUAUGAAUAAAAUAAUAAUUUAGAAAAUUCAUGUCUAUUGACUAGAGAGUCGUGCAUGAACUUCUUUAAAAGUGGUAUCAAUGAGUAUCUUAUCCAAAUAUUCAAGAAGACGAUAAAACGCUGAAGUGUUGAUGAUUAAAAAUUGACACUAUAACAACGUAUGAUAAUAUUUUAAUUCUAAUAAAAUUUGCCGCAUAAACAUGAUACAUUUGCAUUUGUUGAAUUUUUUUAUAAAUAAUUGCUUACUGAGAGUACUAUCAUGUCAUUUAGCUUAAGAGUAGAUAAAUUAUGUGUUACUCACAAUACACUUCGAUUCUUACGUUACGCCUAAAUUAGAAUUAUUAAAUAAACAAUUGAAUUUUAUUACCAGUUUUUCAAGUGAGUAUCAGACAAUGAACGUAAGAGACAAUGUAUUGUAGAAAACUUUAUAAAUAUUGUACAAUAUCAGAUUUUAUAACACGCAAAAAUAUGUGGACUUUUGACAUAGCAAAGUUCUACGCCAUUUAAUUAAGAAAAAGAAUGUAUAGAUUCGUAUCUCGCACGGAAAGCAUAUGCUCGUUAACAUUUUUGUGACACGAUUAGCAAAAGGCGGACAAUCUUAUUUCGUGUGACUGACGAUAAAUACGAUAAUUGAACUGCAACAAACUUAUUCUUUAAGCAAUGAAUGCUCUCGUUAUUUGUGAAUACUGAAGGCGAAGGAGAUAUUGUUUAAAAUCCUGUAUAAUAUAUUAUGUAUUUGAUAAUGAGACGAUGAGAAAUAUACAUCAAAUGAUUUGUUACACAA